AGGUUAAUUAGUUGGACCACACGCUGGCACCUGAAAUAGGACGCCAACACAAACUUUUUAAACUCUUUCCUCUGGGUUUUAACAGCAAACUGAAACAGAGUGGAAAACCAUUUUGAAAGCUAUCCACAGUGGAAAUGUCUUGAUUUUACGUAGAGGUGUGCGCGUUGUGCAGGUAUUUUUCGGGACAGCAGGUGGCAGUAUUCACCUCACACAGGAUGGACUCUGACUUUACGACAGCCGUAUUCUGUCACAAAGUAAAUAAGAUGGCGUCUGGAAGUGGAUCCAGUAAGAAUGACUUCCGCAGGAAGUGGGACAAGGACGAGUAUGAACACCUCGCUCAGAAACGACUGGCUGAGGAGAGAGACAGAGAGAGGAGAGAUGGAAAAACGGCCCCACCCGUCAAGCGAGACCUCCUGCGUCACAGAGACUACAAGGUGGACCUGGAGUCCAAGCUGGGGAAGACCAUCGUCAUCACAAAGACCACUCCUCAGGCUGAGAUGGGCGGUUACUACUGUAACGUCUGUGACUGUGUGGUGAAAGACUCCAUCAACUUCCUGGAUCACAUCAACGGAAAGAAACACCAGAGGAACCUGGGCAUGUCGAUGCGAGUCGAGCGCUCGUCUCUGGAUCAGGUGAAGAAGCGUUUCGAGGUGAACAAGAAGAAGAUGGAGGAGAAGCAGAAGGAGUACGACUUUGAGGAGCGCAUGAAGGAGCUGCGGGAGGAGGAGGAGAAGGCCAAGGCCUACAAGAAGGAGAAGCAGAAGGAGCGGAAGCGCCGGGCGGAGGAGGACGUGGACUUCGAGGAGGACGAUGAGAUGGCUGCUGUGAUGGGUUUCUCGGGCUUUGGCUCGUCCAAGAAGAGUCACUGAUUGUCCACAGCUUGACUCCGCUGUGAGCACCGCCAUGCGCCACCACGACAGGAAACUGGCUUUAACUCCGCCCCCCUCAGUCAGCUGGAGUUUGGGACCAGAAUGAGGCUUGAAAUACAGGAAGGAGGAGUCCUGCUGCUGCCUGGUUCAGACUGUGAAAAUUUCUUUCUUUUUAUCUACAGCCAGGCUCUUAUUUUGGUAGUGUCAUCCAUCACUCUGUCAGUUCCGACCUUUAAGUGAAAGUUCAGAACAGGAAGACAAAACUGAGACCAAAAAACUGUUUCCUUUCAAGUGGUGACAAGUUGUUCAAGUUCCUACAGAUGAAACGUUUUUCAGUUUCUCCUUCAUACAAAAACAUAUUUAACAAAUUAAAAUAGCAAAGCUGCAGUUGUUUGUUCAUAUAAAACUGAUUCAUGAUAUCAAAGAUUUGAGUGUCUCAUUGGACAUCAGUGGCAAAACUAAAAAACCAGAACUGAAACGUCAACAGAUUGAAUCGAAGUUGGUUAAAUGUUUAAGUUUGACGUGAAGCUCAAACAGCUGCAGGAGUUUGAUUUUACUGUCUGUCAUUUUGGGAUGCAGUUCGUUGGUGAAUUUAUUGUAAUAAACACACUUUUUUUCUUUUUA